AUGGAUCAGCCUAAUCAAACUAUACCUACUCAAUAUGUCAUGAAUGAAGUUGGUUCAGCAGCAACAACUGAAGUUGUUAGACCAGAAUUAGUUAAUACCCAACCUACAAAGAAGAGGAAAGCUAGUGCAAGUGGUUCUAGGCAAUCAUCUGCUUGUUGGGAGCACUUUAUUAGAUUACCAGAUGACUUAGUUGAUACACCAACUGCAGCUUCUGUAGCAUAUUUGCAUAGAAAAAUAUCAACUAUGAAUGGGAUGAUGGGGGAUGGAAAAUGUUUUCAUAUGAGGUGUGUUGCUCACAUAUUGAAUUUGAUGGUAAAUGAGGGUUUAAAAGAUAAGCAUUUGUCUAUUACUAUUCUUAGGGAUGCUGUUAGAUUUGUCAAGUCCUCACCUCAUAGGGCAACCAAGUUUAAAGAAUGCAUUGAAUUUGCUGGAAUAACUUCCUCAAGCAUCAAAUAUGUCGCGUUCAGGCGUACAGUAGCUAGAGACUGUUUUCAGCUACACUUGGAUGAGAAACAAAAACUAAAAGCCUUCUUUAAGUCCGACUGCAAUAGAGUAGCACUUACUACUGAUUACUGGACUUCUAUCCAAAAUCAAAACUACUUAACCCUUACGGCACACUUUGUGGAUAACGAAUGGAACUAUCAAAAAAGAAUUAUAAGCUUCACAAUUAUUCCAAACCACAAGGGUGACACGAUAGGUAGGAAGAUUGAAGAGGUGUUAAGGGAUUGGGGAAUUAGGAAUGUGUCUACCAUAACUGUUGAUAAUGCAACUUCAAAUGAUGUAGCUGUAGCAUAUUUGCAUAGAAAAAUAUCAACUAUGAAUGGGAUGAUGGGGGAUGAAAAAUGUUUUCAUAUGAGGUGUGUUGCUCACAUAUUGAAUUUGAUGGUAAAUGAGGGUUUAAAAGAUAAGCAUUUGUCUAUUACUAGUGUUAGGGAUGUUGUUAGAUUUGUCAAGUCCUCACCUCAUAGGGCAACCAAGUUUAAAGAAUGCAUUGAAUUUGCUGGAAUAACUUGUAAAAAACUAGUAUGUCUCGAUGUUUCAACUCGUUGGAACGCGACAUAUUUGAUGCUUGAGGCUGCAGAGAAGUUUCAAGCUGCUUUUAAUAAGCUUGAGUAUGAAGAGUCGAUCUAUAUGGAGUUCUUUGGAAAAGGUAGUCCUCCUAGUAGUGAUGAUUGGGACAUUGUUAGAGCUUUUAUCUCUUUUUUAAAGUUAUUCUAUGAAGCAACUAAUGUUUUUUCCACCUCUCAAAGUGUGAGUUUGCAUAGUGCUUUUCACCAAGUGUCUGUGAUCUAUUGUGAGCUAAAGCAAGCUACUAUGAACUUGAAUGGUGUUUUUGCAAGUGUGGGUGGGGACAUGAUGGAAAAGUAUAAUAGAUAUUGGUGGUGUGCUAGUAAGAUGAACAAGUUGAUUUAUUUUGGAAUUAUUUUGGAUCCAAGAUACAAGUUGAGUUAUAUUGAGUGGACUUUUAAGGAUAUGUAUGGAGUUGGAUCUGUGUUUGCUACCGGGUUGAUCAAAUCUAUAAAAGAGAACUUACAAAAAUUGUAUGAUUGGUAUAAGCAAGCUUAUGACCAAAAUCAUAAUAGACAACCUCUUGGUAGUGGUGAAAACAAUGUUUCCAAGGAUGAAACAAUAGUUGGUCGUCCUUCACUAAUGGCUAGAGCCGAUGCUUUUGAGCAACAUUUAAAGGAACAAGAUUCGAUUGAUCAACAAAAUGAGCUUGAGGCUAAAGAUAUUUUUGCCACACCAGUGUCUACGGUUGCAUCAGAAAGUGCCUUCAGUACAGAAGGGAGAGUCUUAGAAACUUAUAGGAGCUCCCUAAAACCUGAAAUGGCAGAGGCAUUAAUUUGCACCCAGAAUUGGUUAAAGUCGUCUUUUACCUAUUUCAAAGACUUGAACCUCAUGGAAGAUUUUGAGCUUUCUGAAGAUAUUAUAGCAGAAUUUGAAGAAAUUUCUUCAUCCGUUAGGUUGUAUGUAAAAGCUCUUGAAGAUGAAGGUAUGGUAUUCUCCAUACUCCCACAUAUAAUGUUAUGGUCUGCCUUAUCGAUAAUGUUAUGGUCUGGCUUAGGUGGAAGUGGCUUAGGUGGAAGUGGAAGCACUUGUCUAUGUGGAAGUAGCAUAAAAACUGUUAUUUUGGAUUGA